AUGAUUGCUGAAAAUAAUAAUAACAAUUUCAACUUUUUGAUUGAAGGUAAUAUCGGAGCUGGUAAGUCUACUUUUGUUGAUAAACUCAAAUAUCUUGAAUUAGGCGCACCUAUUAAGAUCGUCCCUGAACCAGUUAAUAUCUGGACUAACUAUAAUAACCACAACUACUUGUAAUAUUUUUAUGAUAAUCCUCGUAAGUGGACUUUUGCUUUCUAGCAAAUGGUUUUAAACACUGCUGCUAAUGUCUAUCGUGAUAAUCAAUAAAUGGAUGUUAAUACUACAUAAAUUAACUUUUUUGAGCGUUCUAUGUAUUCACCAAUCAAUAUAUUUGCACUAUAACAAUAUAAAUCUAAUGUUUUGUGUGAUGCUGAAAUGGACUUAAUUCGUAAAAUCACCGAUGACACUUGUAAAUGGAUUAACUAUGACAUUAAAGGUAUUAUUUAUGUGCGUACUGACCCUUAAAUAACUCGCGAUCGUAUGGUAAAGAGAAAUAGAAAAGAAGACUGUACCCUUCCUCUCGGAUAUCUAUAAGAUUUACACUAACUCCAUGAUGAAUGGUUGAUGGGCGACAUGAAAAAAACUAAUCUUCCAGUCCUUAUAUAUGAAAAUAAUACAAAUGUGACUAUUGAAAAUUUCGAUAGAGUUAAAUAAGAAAUUUCUUCUUGGGUACAAAAUCCUACAGAUAAGGUUAUUAAUCCUGAACUUUUUUGA